AUGUAUUACGGGAUUUUGAAGUUACAACUGCCCAAAGGAGGGAUAUCCGUUGGCUUUGCAAAUGACAUCGGAGUGACAAUCGUGGGACAAGAUAUUGCGGAUAUUGAGGUCAUUACAAAUGAAACAACUUUUGAAACAAGAUCUUGGCUGAAAGACUCUGGUGUGAUGCAUAAAGUCAAGCCAAUCAUGGAGGCGAUACUUGAGAAAGUUAAUAAUCUUACUCAACAACAAGAUGUGACGGGCCAGGAGAUUCAGCGUCUCUUGAGUAACUACCGGAAAGAUUCGGUAGCUCGUAAGACAAGGGAAUAUCUCACGACGAGAUUGGAACAAUUGGAAAAUUUCUGGACAACCUUUUCGGAGAGAAAUGAAGAGCUUGAAGAGUUAGCGCAUUAUCUUCCAGCUCAUCCAUAUUUCGAGAAACAAUAUUUCUCUUCAAUGCAGCGCGAGUACACCAAGUACAAGGAGGACAUUGCGGAACGCCUUCAGGGUUUGGAAGGCACGUCCAAGUUGAAUAUCGAUUUGGGUAAAUCAGCCACGGGUGCUUUAGAUACAAAGGCCGCCACGGCAGCAAACAAUGCUCAGAACGAGCUUCCCAGCGAUGUCGUGGUACUAAUAAGGCAACAGCAAUCAAGGAUACGGGCUGUGGAAAACAUUAUUAGCGGCAUCGACACAGUUGAACAGGCACAACCCAAAUCAUACUACGAAUUGAAGGCAGCUACUUUAUCAAAGUACUGGGAAGAGUUGCGUCAAGGCCAUCAGAAUAUAUGGCAAUGUUCCAGCGAUCCAAAUGAGUUAGGGUACAACGAGGAGAAUUUUCUCAACCUCGAAGAGAGAAUUCAAGACACUUUAAUAUUUCUCGCUGAAUGCCGUUCAAAGCUGGAGCCUAGCAUAGCUACCACUACAAGGGCCUUUCCAAGCAUCAACUUGCCACACGUGACAAUUCCUGCCUUUGACGGCGAUUAUGCACAAUGGCAAUCCUUCCACGACUUAUUCCGCCAGAUGAUCCACGAGCAGCAAUUGGGAAAUGCUCAGAAAAUGUGGUAUUUGAAGACCAAUCGAAAGGGUGAAGCAGAGCGACUUAUACGUCAUCUGCCCAUCACUGACGAAAAUUAUGACAUUGCAUGGACAACGCUAACAAACCGCUACAGCAAUCAACGAUUGAGGGUAGCCACGCUAUUGGAUAGGCUCACACAACAGCCGAUGAUUACUUCGGAUUCCCCCAGUGCUUUGAAAAAACUUCAUGACAUUACGAAGGAAUGUCUAGCAGGACUCAAGAACUUUAAUAUCAAUAUAGCUAGUUGGGAUCCCAUUUUAUUACAUAUUUUACUGAAAAAGUUAGACAAGGUUACGCACGCCUUAUACGAACAAACUUUGGCUUCACCACGAGAACUGCAGCCGUGCAAAAACUGCAAGGGAAGCCAUCGAAUCUACACAUGUGAAGCCUUUAAACAAUUGUCCAUCUGGGAUCGAGUAGCCAAAAUCAAGCAGCUGAGGCUAUGUUUGAACUGCCUACGGGAAGGACAUCGAAGUGCACAGUGCAGCGCAGGAAGUUGUCUUAAAUGUGGAAAGAAGCACAACACUCUACUACAUAUGGACGCCAACAAUCAAGACAAAACAACGCCCUCUAUCACCGCAAUUCAAACAACAGCCAACGCCACCAAGCAAGGUCAAGUAUCAAGUAUUGUAAAGGACAAGGGUUCUACAAAUGUCAACCAUUCCAUUGCAUUAUCAACGGAAAUAUCAGCAUCAGAGGGACCUUUUGUUCUAUUAGCUACUGCACUCAUCAAGGUGACAAACCAAAAGGGCAAGUCGAUAGAAAUGAGAGCUCUGCUGGAUAGUGGCUCCCAAAUAAACAUAAUUACAGAAACGGCUGUGAGAAAGCUGGGACUACAACCAACUAGUUACCAUAUACACAUUCGUGGUCUGGGCGGAGCGUCGCAACAAUCGCAACAGAAGGUAACAUUGUCAUUGCAAUCAAGAAUCACUACGUUUGCACGGAAAAUAGACGCUAUAGUUUUACCACAUAUAACAUCCUCUCAACCAUCGCAAGGUCUGAAUUCAAGGAAUUGGGCCAUACCCGGCAACAUUCAGCUUGCCGAUCCUCAUUUUGACCGGGAAGGGCGUAUUGAUCUACUUCUCGGAGCUGACAUCUACUACGAACUAUUAGCUACAGGGCAAAUGCGGCUAUCAAGGAACCUGCCACUGCUGCAAAACACGGUCUUUGGUUGGAUAAUUGCUGGAAGGGUUGCAACAUCCUAUCAGAAAGAGGUUACAUGCGGCAUCCUCAACACCGAUGAUUCCAAGCUCAGCGAGCAGAUAGAGCGUUUUUGGAAAUUGGAGGAACCAGAAUUUACAGAGAACCUUGCGAUGACAACACAAGAAAUAAAGUGUGAAAAUCAUUUUGCUCAAACCAUGAAACGAACGAACAAUGGACGUUUCAUUGUGAAACUGCCUUUCAAGGUGGAUCCAGCAAAACUCGGCAAAUCUAGGGGCAAUGCGGAGAGGCGACUUUUCAAAUUAGAAUGGAGAUUAGCACGAAACCCAGAACUACGCAAACAGUACAAUGAAUUUAUGGACGAAUACAAGCAACUGGGGCAUAUGACGGAAAUAGAUGAAGGAAGUAUUCCGAGUCUUCAUUACUUUCUUCCCCAUCAUAGCGUUCUGAAGCCAGAGAGCACCACCACUAAACUUAGAGUAGUUUUUGACGCCUCUUCGGAAACCUCUUCUGGAUACAGUUUGAACGAUGUACUUGCUACAGGCCCUACCAUCCAAUCCGAAUUAUUUACCAUUCUUGUACGAUUUCGGCUGCCUUGCUUUGUUUUUACUGCUGACAUCGAAAAGAUGUAUCGACAAGUCCAGGUGUCGGAGGAAGACAAGAGAUUUCAACUAAUUCUAUGGCGAAAUGAGCCUAAUGAACCUAUAAGAUGUUAUCAGCUGAACACGGUCACAUAUGGUACUUCCUCUGCACCAUAUCUAGUCACCAAAUAA